AUGUACCAAAGCCACUUUCUGAAACUUCAGCAAAGGCUGUUGUAUGCUGAAAAGGAGAAUAAAAGAAGAUCCCACGAACUGAGCAGUGCCCUAGAUGCAAUUAAACGUGUAGUUGCGAAAGGCAUGAACUUGACAACAAAUCAUACAGAUGAUUGGAAAAUGUUAAACCUCACCAGAAAACUCCCCGUGCAUUUUACAAACAUGGACUAUUAUCUACCUCACCUUCGAGAAUAUGAAGAUGCCCUUUUCCCAAAUGUUAUUUUGGGGCAACAGAGAACUGGAGUCUCACUGGUGAUGGGAAUUCCUACUGUGAAAAGGGAAAAACAACAUUAUCUCCUUAAUACACUGCACUCCCUCCUGUAUGAACUUUCUGAAGAGCAGAAGAAUGACUGCUUAAUAAUCGUCCUUGUAGCAGAGGUGAAUGCAGUGUAUGUUAACAGUGUUGCAGAAAGCAUUAAAACCAGCUUCCCCAGAGAAAUCCAGUCUGGAGUCCUAGAAGUUAUUUCUCCUCCUGCUUCUUAUUAUCCAGAUCUUUCCAACCUGAAGGAAACACUUGGGGAUUCACAGGACAGAGUAAGGUGGAGAACUAAACAGAAUCUGGAUUUUAGCUUUCUAAUGCUAUAUGCCCAACCUAAGGGAAGAUUUUACUUACAGCUGGAAGAUGAUAUUAUAGCCAAACCUGAUUAUAUUCAAAGUAUAAAAAGCUUUGCUGCUGAACAGUCCCAGGAGUGGAUGAUUCUUGAGUUCUCCCAGCUUGGAUUUAUUGGAAAACUGUUUAAAUCACAAGACUUGCCACUCAUAGUGGAAUUUCUUCUGAUGUUCUAUAAAGACAAGCCCGUAGACUGGCUUAUAGACCACCUGCUCUGGGUUAAGGUGUGCAAUCCAGAAAAGGGUGCAAUACACUGUGAAAAGGAAAAGUCAAAGUUACGUAUCCGUGCUAAACCAUCUCUCUUUCAGCAUGUGGGAAUUCAUUCGUCGUUGGCAGGGAAGAUACAGAAUUUGAAAGAUAAAGAUUUUGGCCAAAAUGUGCUACACAAAGCACAUAAUAACCCACCUGCAACAGUGGAUACAAGCCUAAGAGUAUACCAGCAGUAUACCUUGGAAAAAGUUUACACAGGAAAAGACUAUUUUUGGGCUUCAGCACCAGUGGCAGGGGACUACCUCAGCUUCACCUUUUUAAAUCCGCUAAAAGUUGAAAAGUACUUUUUCAGAAGUGGAAACAUGGAGCACCCUGGUGAUAAACUGUUUAAUACUACUGUGGAAGUAUUACCAGCUGAUGAAAUGUUAAGAAAAGAACUGGUUCGCAGUGGAAGUAAAUUCAACUACCCAGCAACCAAAGAUGGAUAUUUAAAAAUAGGAGCUUUUGAAAAUGGGAUUGCAGGAGGCAGUAUCGAUCAGUCAAUAGGAAAAAUACAGGCUAUUCGUUUAUCAAUCAAUUCUGACUCUCCUGUGUGGGCAAUACUUAGUGAGGUACUGAUCAAGACAUCUGAAAACUGA